UCUGCGGUGCCGAGCGUAUAUUCCGAGCGAGAUGGAUAUAUAGUGUAUAUUUAGAAUGUAUAUUCGCAGUAUGUGUCGUUGUUUGAGGUGCUGCCGUGCAAAAAGUGUUUGAUGUGAAAUUUGUCAGUGAGACCUACUGUGGAAAUGGAUUUGCAUUUUGUUGGGGAACAGCUGUAAUUUGACGUUUUGUUUUGGCACCAAUGGCAGAUGACGAUGGCGGAUCCUCGCACAAACCGACGUCUUCGCACAACAACAGACCUCAGGAAACGUACCAGAGAGGACAGGAAGCGCAAGUCGAGCAGAGGUUUCCGUCCCAUCCAGCCGGGAUAAUAUCACUUCCGAGGGGUAGCAGGGGAGCCAAGAGUUUGUAUUUGAAACGAGAGGGAAACAGUUUUGGAUUUACUCUUAGGCAUUUUAUUAUUUAUCCACCGGAAACUCUAGAGGAACAGGAUGAGUGGUACUCAAAGGUGGGGGCUCUGCACGAGCCCAUGGACACGAUCUUCGUGAAGAAGGUGCACGACGCUAGUCCAGCGAAAAGGGCCGGCCUACAAUACGGAGACCGGCUUCUUGCCGUCAACGGCAUCCCCAUCAAGGACAAGACCUAUAAUCAGGUCGUCCAACUGAUCGCCAACAGUCCGGACUAUCUACACCUCCUGGUGGUGCCCAAGGAAGAAGACAUCAUUCAAAGGGUUUUUCCCGAUAAGGCGCACAAUCCGAUAAGCAAUCAGCCAGAGGUACCGUACGACCGACAGAGCGCCCAACAGAUCAUCCAACAGCACAUCCAACUACCACCCUAUCAAUACCGGGCUGACCCGAACGCCUGGCGGGAGCUACAGCUCCAGCAACAGUUCUACGGCUAUCCCGACUAUGGGCAACUGUCGAGAACCGCUGCGAUCAGCCUAGGUCAGCGAAGCGCUGACAACUUACUCUGCAGAAGAGAACUAAGGCCCGUGUCGACUGUGAGUUCCAACCACCAUUCUCAGCACCAGUACCACCCACAGCAACAUCAGCAGCAACAGCAGCAGCAGCAGCAGGAGAUCUACGCGGAGAUCCAGCCCAAUGAGGGCAUUCACAGGCAGCAGCGCGGCUCUCGCGCCCAGCCCCAGGUCCCGUUGUACAGGAAGAUGGGCCGCCGUGCCAGCGAAGGCAACUCGUUGCAGGACCGCGAACCGUACUACGACGAGCCGGCGCUGUACUUUGCGGCCGGAGGUCUAGGCGGCGACGACGCCUACGGACGCGUGAACAGAACGAAACAAAACUACCCGCACGGCGGAUACAUCGAUCAGCAAAGGAUGCUGAGCUUAAACUAUCCCCCCGCUGCGGGAUGCCGACUGAGCAUGGACGGUGGACGUCGGGAGUCGACGUCCUCGCUGUCGUCGUCGAACGCAGACGGCAGCAAGGACAGUCAGUACGACUCGAGUUCGACGCUGACCGAUCGCCAGGAGGACACGCGCAUCAUCGAGCGCAUACGCAACAGUUUCCAGCAGAAGGAGGAGUUCCUGAGGGCGGCGCCCCACACGUCCACGGAGCACGCGCUCGUGCACCGCGAAUUCUACGGGCAACCACAAAAAAUGAAACGGUCCGUUUGGCCACCAACAAAUGAACAGGUGAGGCAGGAGUCGCCGUCGCGCUCUGCCUCCAAGCCAAACCACCAAAACUUCAUUCGUGUGAAGAACGACAUCGACAACGAACGAGAUCUGAGGCACGUGGUGCAACAGAACGGCGGCGCCCCGGGUGGCGGUAUGGCCAACAGUGCGCCGCCACAAAGAGGCGUUAAGUCGCCUAAAGAUAAGGCGGCGCCUAUCAAUCUGGAUCGGAUUCAGGAGGCGACCGUGGCGCCACAGAACUAUGAUCUGGCCAUGGAACGCAUCAAUGGCUCGCUGACUAUGGAAGACGCCUAUACGGAUGACAGAAGUAUGUAUCCGCAUAUGGUCCACAAGCGAGCCAGGGAAUUCGAAAGUGGUAGGCCAUUGCCGGAAGAUGAUCCGAUGAGUAACAGGAUCAACUUCACCAAGAAUGAACUGGCAAGGAUCAGUUCAAAAAAACUUGUGCCUAACGUUACGGAGAGGGCGCAAGAAUAUGAAAUUCGGGCGGUGGAGCCCCGUCGGGACAACAGUGGUACUUCCACCAAUUCCGGAAGCACCAACUACUCGAGAAGGAUACAGAGGGAUGCCAGAUCGUUGGACAGCUCAGGCAGCAACACGAGCAGUAGCAGCGUAAAUGAAGAUUUACACAACAAAAAGCUCUCUGGAAAUGUACUAAUUUCCAGCGGAAGCAAAUAUAUCCAUUGCCCACUACCAAGUGAUUGGGGCAAACCCACAGACACGUCAGGGAACGAGGCGAUCAGACAACGCGCCCGUUCAAACUCGGCAGAGUCGUGGGUAGCUGCUUUGGGGAGCGACGACCGCGGCAAAAGGGACCCGUCCAAGAGGAUCAGCCGGCAGGACGCGGUCGCCGCCGCCGAAAGGAAAAAAGCUAACGCCAAUGAAGCCGCGGACGCGCCAGCCCAACCGCUCUAUGCCGAUCUGCCGCCCCUCAUACCCGAACCUGUCGAGCGCAUGCACCUCGCCCCCUCUGUCUCGAUCACCCCCGCGCCCACAGUGGUGCAAACGAGGCCCGCCCGACCCAACCAGCUGGACCUCGAGGGUCCGGUUAGGCCGGCCCGUCACCUCAAGGCGCCCUCGGGCGCCACAGAGGCGCUGGCCAGACGUUCUAUAUCGCCAGCUUUUUGGGACGAUAAACCUGUUGUGGUUAAGCGAAGACCUAAAAAUACUAAUAUCGCUGAUGAUGAACGUGUAGUACGUCGGGAGUCGUACCUUAAGGCAACUGAAGGCGGACGAGUCGACUUCAACAUCGAACACAGCGAUGGUGAAUUGUCCCCGCAAAGAAGCGCCCAUAGACGGUACCGACGUCCUUACUUCACCGCUGAUAUCCAGCAACUUUGCAAGCUAUUCGAGGACGCGUCCACGUUCUCGUUCGGCGGCAGCGUCAGCGGCAACAGCAGCAGCAGCGCAUCCCUGGACAGGGAGAAGGCGCCGGAAAGUCCUUCGGACAAGGAGGCCGUCAUCCGUGAGGGACCCGUUUUCUGCAAGAUCUCCGAGAUAGACGGAAAGCGUGCCACCGAUAGAGCAUGGAAACCAGUCUGGGCCGUUUUGCGAGGUCCUAAGUUGCACCUCUACAAAGACAAACAUCACACGAGUCCAGUCGGAAGCACGGACGUGGUGGACCAUUCUCUGGCGGACGGCGUCGACAUGAGGACGAGCGUGGUGCGCGUCGCCGAAGACUACACGAAGAGGAAGAACGUGUUGCGCGUCUCCUCCGUGAAGCCCUGCAGGUCGGAGUUCCUUCUGCAGACCGACGACCUCACCCUGGGCGAGUGGGUCAAGGUGCUCCAGGAGCAGGUAGCAACCACCACCGAAGCAGAAGCCAGACAAGACCACCUUAACAGUACGCAACAGGCGGUGCCGCAAACCAUACCAGCCUCCACCACCAUUCAGGUGCAAGGCAGCCACUUAUCACCCCAGUUGGGCAAAGGCAAGAAUUCCGCGGCCAGAAAUCGCUCGCCCACCGGCCAAUCGCCGGUCAGCAAGACCCGCAAACCAUCACACACCCAGGACCCGACGACCAGUCCCAAGUCCAAAAAUUGGGCCGGCCGCAUGUACAAACAGCUGCACAAGAAGAUUCAGGGUGGCACCAGCCCAAGCUCGCCAACUGCCCCCGAAGUUUCCACCUUCGGCAUACCGAUCGAGCAGUGUUUGCCCUCCACCAACAACCCGUUCGUCCCCAAAGUGGUGGACGUGUGCACCUCCAUAGUGGAAGAGAAAGGACUGCAAAUCGUGGGCAUUUACAGAGUGCCGGGCAACAACGCCUCCAUUACCGCUCUCACGGACGAAAUCAACAAGAACUACGAAGACGUACCGAUGGACGACCAAAAGUGGAACGACGUCAACGUGGUCAGCAGCAUACUUAAGUCGUACUUCAGAAAAAUGCCCGACUCCUUGAUAACCGUGAAGCUGUACCCCUGCUUCAUUAACGCCGCCAAAAUCGAGGACCCGACCGAACGUCUUAAGGAGCUGAAGAGGUUGGUGAAAAGUCUGCCGCCGCACAACUACGAAACUCUCAAACACAUCGUGUUGCAUCUGAGUCGAGUGGUGGAGAAAAGCGAGAUCAACAAAAUGGAAGCCAAAAAUUUGGCCAUUGUGUUCGGUCCCACCAUCGUGCGCAGCGAGAGCGACAACAUGGAGAGCAUGGUGAACAACAUGACCAAUCAGUGUAAGAUCGUCGAGAUCUUGUUGAACGGCGCGGAGUACUUCUUCUCCGACAAUGAUCCGCCAGAACCUCUGCAAAUACCCCCUCUGGUGAGACCUGAGGAGAACGAAUACAUUGAGCAGGGCAACCACGCUUUGUUGCUAAAUAACAUAAAUAAGUAUGAAGCUAUUGGAAAGGAGGGAAAGGACAGGAAACUACUACAUUCCCUUGUGAUGUCGGCUGCGCAGCGCAUUAAGAAAACACCUAAACAGGCUAACUCCUCACAGUCUAAGGAAGAAGUUACUACACCAACCAGUCCUAAGUCAUUCUCAUCCCAGCUCUCCUCAUUAUCUGAUCUCAAGGAAAGUACAACCACAGAUAGUAAAGUAGUUUAUGUACCCGCCAGCAACGCUGAGCGCGAAAUGGAAAACAGCAGUGAAAAACUGAAACGGAGGCUCGAGAAGUUCAACAGAGAAACCCAAGAGGACAUCCAAAAGUCGCGGUGGCCACCAAACGAUUUUGUGGAUGGACGUGGAAACACAGGCUUGAGCUCUUCAGCCGGUAACGUGAACCAGCAGAACGCCAGGCUAUCCCUCAAACCCGCUGAAAUGAUGAAGACACAUAGUGCUUCUAACGUGUACGCUCGUCUGUCCAACACAACGGAUCACAGCCGCAACAGUCUCGGUUCCAUGGAGGGCGGGUACCCGGUGCAAUACUCCCCAAUCCUGGGCAGUUUGAGUUUAAGUAAACAGUCUUAUGCGACGGACAAAUCGGGUGCCGAUCACCCCAGUGAUAUUAGUGAUAGGCGGGGGAAUAGGACCGUGCUACGGAGGGGUAGUUCAGUGGAGAAUAUCAACUCCAGUUCGCUGGAUCUGAACGCCAACGGUGGUUUGAAGAAAGUGAAAUACGAGAAGGAGAGUGACUUAAGUCAGCGGUCGGGCUCGUUGGAAUCAUUAAACAAACAGUCGGACGGAGUUUCCGACCUGAUGAAAGAUUUGACAAAAGCGUACGAUCAAAUCAAGCAGAAGCACAACCUGCUGUCUGGCGAAGACUUGCCGUUCGUGGACGAGUCACCAGACAAGCAACAGCCGCCUCAAGAGGGCGCCCAGUCAGACAAGGAAAACAUUCCCGGAUCGAACGAUCUGUACAAGAAUCCCAGCCUGCACAAGACCCAAUACGUGCCCACCGGCUUCAAGCUGAAGGAGAUCAAAUACAAGGAGUCCAAAAGGGACGCCGAAAAGGAUGAAGACACCAUGACCGCGGACAACGUACCUGACAAUGAGCGAAACAUAUCAACUCAUAACAAACUAACACUAGCCCCCAACACUAACAAACUGAAUUCAAACGGUUCUAAAUUGCGUCGUUCGGAAUCGUUGAACAAGCCCGAGAGGACGGUCUCGCCGCAGACCAUCAAACUGAAGAGGUCUGAAAGUCUCAACAAGACCGGCGACAAACUCAAACGCUCGGACAGUUUGACCAAGAACGAGAAAACCGAGAGCAAUAACAACAAAAGGCGUGAACUGUCCACUUCGGGCAGAAGGUCCAAAGAGAACACCAAACUAAAGCGGAAAAACGGAAUGCCGGACAGAUCGAUAAAGCGGCGGCACACGGUGGGCGGUACUAAAGACCCCGACAAAGUCACCUAUCUGGACAACAAAAGCCAGGAAGACACCUCACCCAAAGAAAACAAGGACAAAAACUUGCGGACGAGUUCCCCGGACUUGAGUUCCACAAGAAGGGAGCGUCUAUGCUUGGAGAUAAACCUGGUCGGUCCGGAAGAUAUGGUGGUGGCCCUAAGACAGCAUUUUAUCGGAGCCCGGCCUCAGAGCUUCCCAGAAUCCGUUUUUAAGGUUCCACUUGAAUCUCAUGUGUGAAUAUACAAAAUGUAGUUGUGCCUUAAAACUUCUGAACGUGGAAGGGUAACAAAUACAAUUUUUAACUCCAUUUUUUUGGCAACGUUUUUGUUGCUCGUACAAUUCUAAAUGAUUCUUGAAUCGUGGCCUUUCACUGUUUCCGCGGAAACAUGCAAAUGAAACAUCAAACUGAAUUAGACUGAAUGGAUUUAUCAAAAUGUGCAAUAAAUUUCUUUGUACAUUGACAAUUUUUUAAAAAAAGAUUUAUUAGAUAAUCUAGAGAUUUUAAGGAAACAAACACUUCGUUAAUCUUUGAAAAAGACAGAAAUGUAAUUUCUCUCAUAAAGUUUAAUUAAAAAAUUGUGCGCAUUUAUAUUGUUUUUCUAUUUGUUUCGCUUCUUUAAAUGUAUGUGAUUCGAAAAUAAUUCCAGGUUGAAGCAAUUAAAAUUUGUGAUAAAAUGAUUAGAUUAGGCUUUGUACAUAAUGACAUAGGUUUUAUUUUAUUUGAUUCAAAGACAAAAAUUAAGUUAUACAAUUCCUUAACGCUUUAUUGUUUCUUUAAUUCAGCAUUUUAUAGUUUCGACAGUAUUAGUAAAAUACUGUGCCAAAAAAUAUAUGUUUAGCUAAUUGAAACUAGCUAACCGAGGAUAGCUAAUGUGUAUAUAAAAUUGUUCAUUUCGCUUGUGAGUUGGUGUAAAAAAGAAAGGAUGGUAUGUAAUUCUAAAUGCUAGGCUGUUUGUAUCUUGCCCGUUAUUGUUUUUAUAGUUUUAAGAACAAAAUGUUUGUGUUGUUGUAAUUUGUAAUUGUAAAUAUAUUUUCAAUUUAUGCACUUU